AUGAGAAUGAAAUUGUCUUCAUGUCUUCACUAAACUCAAACAGCUUCACAAACACAGACAAGAUGCUGAUAAUAUUCAUCAAUCUCUUCACUCUUCUCUCAUGUGUCAGUUCAGCUAAAGUUGUCACACAAAAACCCUCAGUACUGACAGAAGAAAAAGGAAAAUCUGUCACUAUGGACUGUAAUGUAGCAGUGGAUCAUACCUGGGUUUCUUGGCAUAAACAGCUUCCAAAUGCAGCUCCUCAGUUUGUGUUGAGAUACUAUCAUACAGCUAGCUCUCCUACAUAUGGUGCCAGUUUUUCAUCCAGCCGUUUCACAUCUAAAGCUCAGUCAAAGAUUGACUAUCAGCUGAUCAUCAAUAAUGUAGAUGUGAGAGAUUCAGCUGUGUAUUACUGUCAGACAUGGGACGGCUCUGUUAGUGAGGGCGUAUUCGGACAAGGAACAAAACUCAUUGUGACCGAUUCAGGUGUUUCUCCUCCUGUUGUGAAGAUUUUCCCUCCAUCCAGUGAAGAUGUGAGCUCCAGUAAAGUGACUCUGGUGUGUUUGAUCAAUGACAUGUCUGUGGGAUUUGCUGAUGUAAGUUGGUUUGUGAAUGGAAACUCAGUUACUGAUGGCGUCUUCACCGGAUCUGCCGAACAGCAGCCGAAUGAGAAAUUCAAGUUGAGCAGUUAUUUAACCAUUGAGAGAUCAGAGUGGGAGAAAGACAAAGAUCUCACAUGUAAAGUGACUUCUGCUGGAAAGAUCACAAACACAAAGAUCAAGAAAUCUCAAUGCAAUUAAUAAAUGCAAAGAUUAUUGUGUGUUUGUUUUCAUAAAAGCAUUUAUUAAUAUUUCCUGCAAUAAAUAAAGAUUAUAGAAACAAUUAAAUGUUUAAGUAUGAGAUUUAAUUACUGCAAACAUUUCAGCUUUUGAUUUUAUUGUAAUUUUUAUUUCGAUUCUUAAUAAAUUUGAAUAAACUUCAUGAUAAUCAAACAAACUGUUAUUUUAAUCUUAUUGAUUUUGGGGGAAACUGAUAAAAUUGUGAAAUAUUAAUGACUUAAGCCUAAAAGAAAGAAUUAACCAUUUCAGUGUGAAUAUACAGAAAUCUCUAUCAUUAAUAUAUUGCUUAUCUGUUUCUUGCAUUUUUAAAUGAAUGAAUAAGAGAAGAGUAAACUGUAGUUAACAGAACUGAAUUUCAAAUGAAGUCUCAUGAUCAGAAAAGAAACUAUAAAGAGUUCAUAAAAGAUUUUUAAUUUAUUGAAUUAUUCAAAAGAAGUUUAGUUACAAUGAAAACAUCAUGAAAAAGUUUUGGGUGUAAAUAUCUUGAA